UCAGUCGUUCGUCGUCGUUGAACAAGAUAACAUAAACUAUUUUAAUUUUUGGUGUUAUCAAUUAUGCCUGGUUGUACGUCUCGGUCUAAUUGUGGUUCCUGCACCACGAGAACGACAAAACCGAAAACCAAAGUUGCAAAAAAAAGCAAGAAACCCGUUGCGACCAAGAAAACAACCAAAGUGUCGAAGAAAAGUAAUUGCGGCGCCGGAGGUUGUGCUCCGUGUGGAACUAAGGCUAAGAAACCUGCGAAAACUUCUAAGUGUGCAACGAAAUCGUGCCGCAGUAGCAGCAACUACCGCUGUGGGUACUACAGUUCCAGUACGGGUUCAAGUACUAGUUACAGUAGUUGCUCUGAUGGUUCCUCCAGCUUCACGGAUUCGUACACUUCGAGCAGCGAUGAUUGCAGGGGUUGCAGAGGAGGCGGCUGCAGACGCUAAUGGGCAGGACCCUCAAGCGGAAUUUAAUUGAUGGAUAUUUUAAUAUGUGACAUUAUUUUAUGUUUUUUUGUAAUUAAGUUUAUGAAAAUAUGCGUGCUUGUGUGUACGUUGAGCAAGCAUUUUUCUUAAACUUAAAUGAUGAUUUUUGCUGUAUUACACUAUUUUGAUGAAUAAAGC